GAAAAUAACACAGACGCCUGUUCCUAAAAUAAAACAUUUAAUUUGAAACCGGAAGUGCUCUUCUUUUGUUCUCAUGUUCUGUCAAGUGGUGGCAAGAUGGCGGCGCCCAUGAGGAGGACAUUGGUCGCUCUUCACAGAGCAACUUGCAGCAGUUUGAAGAGCGCAGAGGCGUCUCUGGACCUGCGGCGCCCCGGCCCGCUUUACGUGCCGGUGCGCACCAAGAAGCGGUACUUCGUGCCCCCGGUGGUGGGUCUGAAGAGGAGGAAGCAGGAGCAGAACCCCGACGCCAAGGCCCGGACGGCCGGCAUCGUCUUCAGGCAGCAGUACUUCGAGAGGCCCAUCAACAUCUCCUGCACCGCGGGAGUCUUCGACCCCUACGUCCCUCCAGAGGGCGACGCCCGUCUGUCCUCUCUGUCCAGAGAAGGCCUGAAGCAACGGGCGGAGCAGCUGAGACAGAGCGCCACCUCGCAGCUGGCGAUUCGUAAGAUCAAGGAGUACGACCCUCAGUUCACGUCGAGGGGCUUCGCGGAGCAAGCUCGGGAAAUCUUCAUCGAGGCCCACGGCGCCCUGACGCAGUUCGACAAGGAGAAGCUUCACUCCCUGGUGACAGAGAGGGGUUACCCCGAGAUGACGAGGGGGAACCGAUACAAGACCAUCAGCUGGAGGUUUCUGGAGUCCCUGGAGCCGCCCAAAGUGGUGCACGCCCGCUGCCCCGACAUGGUCACCAAGGGCAACCUGUACGGCCAGGUGACGGUGCGCCUGCACUCCAAACAGAUUCUGGCCAUCUACGACCGCUUCGGGAGGCUGAUGCUGGGCAGCGAGGAGCAGCCGAAGGACGUGCUGGAGUACCUGGUCAUCGAGCGCCACCUCGUCAACGCCUACGGCCGCUGGAGGCUGCACGGGAAAAUAGUGCCGUCCUGGGCUCCGGCCAAAGACCCCAUUAUCAAGACCGUCAUGAUUCCCGGUCCGGAGCUGAAGCCGGGUCAAGAGUUCGAGGCCCUCAACUACGAAGUUCCCAAACCGAAGGCGGUCCAGUGGAAUAAGUAGGCCACCGGGUGGCGCUGCGCUCAACAUCCAACCCCACCGGGACAUUAUGAGGGUUCACAUUCCGUUGAACAAACUACCGAGUACACAACAGCCUGGAAAAAUAACAACAACAAUGAUACAUUUUCUGAAAGUUGUUUCAUGCAUUUUCAGUGUUUUAAGAUUAACUUAAAAAAUAAAAUGUACACACGUCCAGAAACUGAAUGGUUUAUUUCUGCAUGUUGAAAUACAAAAAUAAAGUGUCCCAUCUGCAUCUUCUCA